AAAUUUCAUGCAUGCAAGUCCUCCCUGAUCUUCAACCAAAACGCUACCCCUCUUCCAUCCCACUACUCUCUCCAAAACCUACUCUUUUUUCUUUUGCGUACAAGGAAACUGCAGGUCGGAAAAAAUGAACUCCGAGCUGGUUCAUAGAACCCACACCACCCAAACUCCAGGAACCAAUGAUCUUUAUUCACCACAACGUGGAAACCCUCUUCAGAAAUCACGGAAUCCCUUCCUCUACAUUCUCCGCGAGCAGCGACCACUGUUCCUGCUCGUCGGGAUCGCCAUCGCCACGCUUUUCUUUAGCUUCGUGCCACCGCGUCGUGACCACCAUGAUCUGAUGAUCCCUGCAGAGGUUAUCCAAUUUGAAUCGACGAGGACCCUCCCGUUGAAUCGGCGCGUGCUGAUCUCCGAGAACCACCGCCAUUACUCCGCACUCGGGCAGGUGAAUGCGGUCGGGAAAGUGCCGCUGGGGCUGAAGAGGAAGACACUGAGGGUCUUGGUGACCGGCGGGGCGGGCUUCGUCGGGAGCCACCUCGUAGAUCGUCUGAUACAGCGGGGAGAUAGCGUGAUCGUGGUGGAUAAUUUCUUUACGGGCAGGAAGGAGAAUUUGGUGCACCAUUACGGCAACCCCAGGUUCGAGCUAAUCAGGCACGACGUUGUUGAGCCGAUUCUCUUGGAAGUUGAUCAGAUCUACCAUCUCGCUUGCCCUGCCUCGCCUGUGCAUUACAAGUACAAUCCCGUCAAGACCAUCAAGACGAAUGUGAUGGGGACACUGAACAUGUUGGGACUGGCAAAAAGGGUGGGUGCGAGGUUUCUGCUAACCAGCACCAGUGAGGUGUACGGUGAUCCUCUGCAGCACCCUCAGGCCGAGACCUACUGGGGCAAUGUCAACCCAAUCGGGGUAAGGAGCUGCUACGAUGAGGGGAAGCGCACAGCGGAGACUUUGAGCAUGGACUAUCACCGAGGCCUCGGCAUUGAGGUGAGGAUUGCUCGAAUUUUUAACACAUAUGGGCCACGUAUGUGCAUAGAUGAUGGUCGUGUUGUUAGCAAUUUCGUCGCUCAGGCAUUGAGGAAGGAGCCAUUGACUGUCUAUGGUGAUGGGAAGCAGACCAGGAGCUUCCAAUAUGUUUCGGACCUGGUGGAGGGUCUAAUGCGGCUGAUGGAAGGUGAUCAUGUGGGUCCUUUCAAUCUUGGGAACCCUGGUGAAUUCACCAUGCUGGAACUUGCUCAGGUUGUACAAGAGACUAUAGACCCGAAUGCAAAGAUAGAGUUCAGACCCAACACAGAGGAUGACCCACAUAAGAGGAAGCCAGACAUUACCAAGGCCAAAGAGCUUCUUGGUUGGCAGCCAAUCGUCUCCCUUCGCAAGGGGCUUCCUCUCAUGGUUGAAGACUUUCGACAACGUAUAUUCGGUGACCAGAUCAGAGACAGUACUGUCGGAAAUACUGUUACAUCCUCAGCAUAGAUUUUGUGUAUGCUGAGUACGGGCAUUGAGAAAGAGAUCAUAGCAAAAAUAAAGAUAUAUAGAAUAAGAGGACCCUUUUGAUCAUUAGGUACUUAAUUUUUUCCUUCCAGAUUGUUUUCCUCCUUUUACCCUGUUAAAAUAUUAUGAGAUGAAGACUGCAGAAUAAAGUUAAUUUGCAUGCA